UUUUCAUAGUAUUGAAUAUGUCAGAAAAGGCGAAACCCAAAAACAAGCCUCGACGAAAAAAUUCAGGGAAAUCUUACGAUUUGGUGACAUGCUUACCAGAUCCGACAAAUCCCAGGAGUUUUUUCUUUCCGGAAUGGGCAGAUGACGAAAUCAAUUUGGCAUCGGUCAGUUCACUCUUACAUGGAGGUAAACACAAAGAGAAAGUUGAUAAAAGUGAUAAAAUGGAAAAAGGAGAAAAAAGUGAAGAAUUCUACAGACGUUUUGAAGAUCCGCAAGUAUUAUUUCUCCCCUUCUGCCUGCAAGAUCUGGAACAUGAUUGGAAAAGACCUCGAAACAUAUUCUCCGAGUACCAACUCGUCGUCUACACGGAGGGCGAGAUUGGGUACUCCGAUCUUCUUAAACCCAGUUCCCAUUUGGUCAACAGUGCAUUUAUGCGCAGUUUUAUAUCGAGUAUUCACAUCCUGGAGUACCUUGCGUUCACCACCAACUUCGCCACCGAAGCUACUACCUCGAAAUUCGUUCCUAAUGCAAGCGGCCCCUGGAAGCCCUGGCACCACAUCUACGGAGGUAGCAAGGCGGGAGCUGGUACAACUCACAGUCCUCAGGUGAACACCACAGGGAAAUAUUUCGUUCGGCUUUUUUGGCUUGGUGCCUGGAGGAAGGUGGUUAUAGACGACUAUCUCCCAGUGGACGUUACCGGACAUGUCCUAUUGCCAUCCCUCCAUAUUCCCCCGAAGCCUUCCUCCAAAAUCAGAUUUUCGACAGUAGAGAUGAAGGAGAAAGAAAAGCAAAAAACGCAAAAGCCGGAAAAAGAAGCCCCUCUGCCGGAAGUGGUUCUCUGGCCAUUCUUGCUAUCCAAGGCUCUACUCAAACUGGCUAAUUUGACUAUGAACAAGGACAAGGAUUUGCUGGAUUUCAACAUCGUCCACUGUCUGACAGGAUGGGUACUCCAAAAGGUGGAACUGAAAGGGAUGCCACUCAAGGAUAUGUGGGAAAUCUGUAAAACUUACACAAAGAUGUACUCCUGGGAGGAUCAUGAGGUGAUUUGGCAGUCUCCCACGGUGGAUAAACAGAAGAAGGACAAGAAGGACGCUACCAAAGAAUAUCUGCCGUUCCCGGAAAAUUCCAAUAAAAGCCAUUAUUUUAUGGCACUAUGCAAGGACAUGAGGACUUCGAAACAGAGCGUUGUGAAUGGAAUAUCUCCUUGUUGGGGACAUGAGAUCUUAAUUGACGAGUACAGAAAUAUACCGCUGGAUCGACCCCCUCCUGAUCCUCAAUAUCCACUUUGGAAGAAAUUCCGCUGGAUGGAAUGGGCUAGAUCGAAAAGAUUGAUCGAAGAUCCUGUUGCGAUGGAUACCACCAGAUAUGUAAGAUGUGUAUCGCCAUUUAAAAAGUACACUGAAUUAGUCGUCAACAAAGAACCCUCUCAGGAUGAGAAGAUAAUGCAGUUUCCGCUUCGAAAAAGCCUUGCCGCAGCCCAGAGGAUGCAACUUAAUCCCGAGAAAGAAACUAAGGGAGCUGAUAACGAUAUUCGAACUGGACCUGAUUUGUAUAGAAUCGACAAAUCGAAAGAAAGGAAGUCUAUUCAAGAACCGCCUCCGAAUCCAAACAUAUGGGUACGUUUUGACGAAAUAUGCAGUCAGUUGAUCAGUUUCAACAUUUUUUACAAACCCUCCGCUUUCUGCCACAAGGCCAGAAUAUCUGAUAUGGAAUUGAAUGAGUUAAUGAGCAGUUCAAGGGUCAAAUCAGCCACUAGCAUGAAAGAUAACGAGGACUCUUGUCGUGACAUGACAUGGGCGAAAGUCCUCGAAGAAAGAGGAAAUAUGCCUUUGUAUUUUUUCAUAGAUUCGCUGCAGCCCAAAAUGAUAUUGAUGAACUUCGCCCAAGCUGGGGAUCUCGAAAGAUUGGUACCCCUGGAAGAUGAACUCAGUGAGCAUAACUUCUUCGUAGAGUACGAAAGACUUUUCGGUGACAGAUCUAAGAAUCUAGACGAAUCUUUCAUUCCACCGAAGAAGUUGAAACUCAACCGUGCUAAGAUCCACGCUAGCCUCAACGCCUCUAAUGUAAUUUUCGAAAGGUACAAAUGGGACUCGGCCGGGACCGGAAAAGUGAAAUUUUUUUUAAACACUUAUGGCAGCGCAACCUCCCAGUUAGAAUUGAAACCAGGUAGACAUAUCUUCAGGAUGUGGAUCAAGAGUACAUUUUCGUACUGCAUAACAAUUCUUGCUGAUACGGGCUUCACCGUCGGUUGUUUCGAACAUAUACUGGAAGAAAUGUCAGAAGAGACCAUGAGAAUGACACAGUUCAACCUCAACAUAGCAGAUUCCUUCGGUCGGUUGGUUCAGGGUUUCGGAACUGAUUUCUUUCCGGACUAUCUCCAUGAUUUCUACAGUAGCUAUUUACCUCAGAACGCAAACAAAGAACUGACUAAACACCAAAGGGCGAUCAUUCAUAGCAAUUUCAUGACAUCGCUUCUGCAGUUUCUUCAGUUUUCGCAAGAUUUCUUCUCGGUGCAGAAGAUGAUAGAAGCUUUACGCACUUUGUUCAUAGAUAGGAAUAUCCGAAUCGGCAAACAGGUCAGUCCGGUUUACCAAGAACCUCUUCAAUUUCAGUCGUUGCAGGAGAAGAUCAUUUGUGAGAGAGCGGCCACGAAACUUCAGUCCUUUUUCAAAGGAGUACAAAUAAGGAUUCUCUUAAAGAGGCAUUCACCGGGUAAUGAUUAUUUCCCAGAGAUAUGCGAAACGUUAAGAAAUAUGUACCGGGAACAUUUUUCCUUGGAGAGAAGAGAUGAAUGCUUAGGAAGUAUUAUAAGGAAUUUUUUCAAGAAUAGUAAAAUUUCUGACCUUCUAUGCUUCUAUGAGAUCUCCAGGGAUUUCAAGUGGGACUUGAUGGUGCAGACUUAUACAGGAAGCUCCGAGUUGACCAGGGAUUAUGUAAUCCUUUGCAGGUAUAUUCUGAGGUGUCACACGGAUGUCGUCUUAUCCAUCGAGCUCUUCAGCAGCUUAACAAAUUAUGCUCUAAGGAUAAUCGAUAACGACACCGGCGUGGAAAUCUACCGUUUUAGCAACCGCGUUUUUCCUGGCAUCUACAAACCCAACACCUACGGAUACACGAUAAUCGGAUUCGCCUGGUACAAGGAUGUCAUGCUGAUCAAUUGGAAACUGGCCGUAAUAUCGUCAAGGACCACUGCAAAUGCUUUCGAGAUAGAGGAGGUCAAGACGACCACCACAAUGGCCUUCGACCACUACGUGCCCAUCUGCAAGGGACUGAUUGGAAAACACUCGAUCUUCGUGAGGGAGAAUGUGAUUUUCACGUUUAGGUUCUCCUGCUCCUUCAAGGAUGUGAAGUUUAACAUCAGGCUUCUGGAUACAACCCAGAAUCCGAUCGUCGACAUAGUCGGCACCGAGAAGUUCAUCAUACCAUCUAUCCUAUUGAAGUACAGUGCGUCGUCGGAAAUGGCGCCGCACAUGGUUAAAACAAGAAGCAGUAAAUCUUUGCUGGUUCCUAGGUCGUCGGGUAGGUACAUUCGAGGCGAUAGCAGAAAGAGCAUGGAAAGACCGUCUAGCAAAAAGGAAUCGAUUUCAGCUCGCAAGGUGAAAGACACCAACAUGGAGAUGUCAUCUGUCACAGAGUUCGAGCCUCAUGUGUAUAGCUUGGAGUUCUAUGUGUUGGACAACUCUUGGCCUCUGACUAAAAUGGAAUGGGAAGUAGUGAGAAAACUUAGGGAGGAUAUGUACUUCAUUAACGCGAAUAAAGAAACGGAGUUAGUGAUAAAAGAGUCUUCUUCGAAGAGUAUAGUAAAAUCAGCCAAAGAUACUCGGAAGAGCAUGUUGAAAAAGGUUCAAUCGAUCGAGAAACCAUGGUACUUGCUUCAGUACUCGUUAAAGUCUAAUGCGCAGGUGGCCCUGGUGAAGGACAAAUCGGAAGAAGACAAGUUAUACAACCUUAAAAAAAGUUGGUACCAGAUGGACGCCGACAGAUAUAGCAGAUCCUUUGAGUUGAGGCAAAAAUACCUGAGAAAAUACACCGAUCCUGGAUGUGAAUGUCCCGAAGAAUAUCUUAACCCCACCCCGACUGCCUCUAUUGGCAGAAUGACCGAUAUGUCAUUCGAAACCACCACUAACUCUGGUCCACUGAGAGAAGAGGACGAUGAGAAUGAGUCGAGAAGUAUAACCUGCCCCAAGUGGACUGAAGCCGACGUGCCUCCCUUUGAUCUGACACCGUAUUAUAGACCACAGUGUCCUUGUCCCUUGGAUUUGAGGAGGAAAAUCAUAAAAACCGAAGAAGAUCACAUAGUAGCUCGAGAAGAAAGAUUGCAAAUGAUAGAAGAGUACAAUACAUUAUUGGCGAAGAAAAGAUAUGAUAUGGAAUUAUGGAUCAAUGAGAGCAAUGAAAGAAGGACAUUGGUAUUCUUAUGGUACGCAGAUUGCCGUAAGGCUUCCGAAAGGAUUUUCCAGGAAGAUCAUGUUAUGAGGCAGAAUUUCAUUGACAAAUGGACGGCGGAAUUAUCAGGGCCAGCGAAACAGGAUAAAAAAGGACCUUCUAAAACAGACAAGAAAUGAGAAAAAGCAAUGAAACUAUUUUUCUGACUUUACUUCAAUUACGUUCUCUGGUAAACCAUUUUAUUAUUGAGGUUUCUUAAAUAUAAUUAUCGUUACAAUUA